AACAGGUAGCUAGCCAGCAGUACUGGUUUACUUGACGAAUUGCAAUGAGCCAUUAAAAUAUUGCCAAACAAUUCCUUAUGUCACUUGUCUUGGGGUUAGCUAACGAUAGCUACCUUGUUAUCCAAAGUGCUUAAACGACGUUAUUGAAGCAAAGCCAAACCGAACGAAACUUCCCGAUAAAACUCAGGAUGUCAAAAUUUAGUUUCAGGAGAAGCGAGAAGAACGAAUUUAAGCACAUAGCUCAUGGUUUGAUCCCUGCCGCCACCAUUGCCCCCAGACCAGCUGUUCCCCGUACCCCUCCCCCACGCAGUCCAUGCCCCUCUCCAGACAGAGACAGAUCAGCCUUGGCAGCAGCCAUCUUGUCUUCGUCGCUGACCGGUCGGACGGUGGCCAUCCCUCCCACGCGAUCCUUUUCUAGAUCCCUCUCUGAGAGUGACUGUUCUCACUUGGAAAACAACAAUAUUUUCCAGCCUCCCGCCAGCACUGCUCUCUACACCGAAGACAGAUGGAGAGAGUCUUUGGCUGACAGGCCUCGUUUGCCCUCUCCUGAAUGCUCUGAUGAAGACUAUGAUGAAGAUGAGGAGGAAGAACAGGUCCUAGGGAGAGAGGGGCUGUCAGAUGACGAGCAUGUCUACCAGUCUCUGGACAGGCAGGGGAGGAGUCCAAGCAGAACCACGGACCAUGUUUACGCCAAGCCUUGCAAACAGGGUUUCCAGUCGGAGGGAGCUGAAGAGACGGAUGACUCUCUGGGCAUAGUGUCCCCUCUACCCCGAGAGGAAAUUGAGGUCCAAAAGGGGGCAUUCAGAACGCCUUCGCCAAAACCCGUGCGGAGGUCUUCAUCUAACAGGGCCAUGCCUUCCCCGGAUUUUACAGACGACAAAAGCACUCGGUCUCCCAAAGAGAACCAGGGUUCAUCGACAAAGAAGUCUCAAAAAAAGAGCACAGAUAGCAGGAGAGGUGAAAGUUCAGGGUCCCAAGAGGCCUACAGGGAAGUGCUGGACGUGCAGAGGGAGAUGACACGGGCCCUGACGGAGCAGAACCAGGGCCUGGCGGCAGAGCGCCGGGCCCUGGAGCAGCGCUGCAUGGAGCAGAGCCUCCAGCUGCAGAGGAGCCACGAGCGGCUGGAGCAGCUGGAGCGCCAGCUGGAGCUCAGCAAGGCCUCCGCUCAGACGGGUCCCACCGCAGGUGAGCAAGCAGAACUUCUGAGUCUGAGGCAGCAAGCCCAGGAGCUGGUGGAUGAGAACGACAGCUUGAAGAUGACCGUCCACCGGCUGAACGUGGAGCUCAGCAGAUACCAGGCCCGCUUCAGACCCCUGGGAAAGGAAGAGAGCUCCAGGGUCGGUGGUCUGCCGAUGAAAGGAUCUGCACCCCCAUGGCUGCUGGACAUGAAAUAUUUAUCACCGUUGAUGCUUGCGUACGAGGACAGGCUGAGCGAAAAAGAUGCACUUCUGCAGUCAGUCCAGGAGGAUUUGGGGAAAUUCCGUCAGAGAGUGGAGGAGGUGGUCGGCGAGAACGAGAGGGUUCAUGAAGAACUGUCGAAGACUGGAAGGAUCAGCCACAAGGAGUGGAGACAGCUUCAAGAGCAGGCCAGGCUGGUGCUGCAGGAGAACCAGGUGUUGAUAGAACAGCUGGAGGUGCAGCAUGCCAAAGCCAAGGACAGCCACAGCCGCCACCACACUGAGGUAACCAAAGUGUCGAAGCAGCUGAUGUUGCUGGAGGCUGAGAAGCAGAGGCUGGAGGCCGAGCUGGGGGAGGUCAAGGCAGAGCUGCGCACGCUGCAGGCCCAACACCUGCAGGCUCGCUCCUGCCUGGAGAACGCAGUCAGCUGGGAGGAGCACUGUGCCAUCGCUACCAAACUCAAACGCCAAUUGGAGCAGGAGGAGGGUCGGCAGCAGAGCGAGGUUGAGGAGCUCCAGGCUAGGCUGUCCAGCCUGCAGGCGGAGAAGAAGAGUCUGGCCCUGGACAAGGCUGGCCUGGCCGCAGACAUCAAGCGCAUGGAGGCUGAGCGGGAGCUCUCCAGGCACGCCAGCAGGAAAGCCCAGAGGAAGAUCGGCGUGUUGAAGCAGCACAUGGAGGCGUCUCUGGAGAAGGAACUAACUGCUCACCAGUACCUGGCCAGCAUCGUGACCCUGGCAGAGAAGACCACACUAGAGAGAGACCAGCUUAUGCACAUGGCCUCUGCGCUGGAGCAGGACAAGCAGGGGGUCCUGGCCACGGCCCUGGACGGCACACUGCGCCUCGGAAAGCUGCACGAACGAGUCAAGGUGUUCAGGAAGCAGAGCGCGGCCAGUCUGGGGGUGCUGGGUCAGAGGCUGCAGGAGCAGGAAGAGGACUUUGCGGGGAAGGCAGCCUGCUACCAGCGACAGAUCCAGCACCUGCACACGCUGCUCAGAGACAAGCAGGGGGAUCUGGACGGAGUGCUACUGCAGAAAGGGUAAAA